GAUACUCUCGCUGACCCGGUAGGUGAUGGCGAGACGGGCCCGGUCAUUCUAAACAUGGCGUGGAGGGUAUGUUUACAAAGAUGGACUUUAGGAGAUUUACUUACUUGCACCUCGCAAGGAAAAACAAAGAGGUUUAACUUCUACACACAACAGAGAUGUGGCUUCCGGAAGGCCCCAAGAAAGGCUGAGGUCAAGAAGGGAGAGAUGGAGGAAGCUGGACCUAAGCAAACAGUCCCCAGUGAGGAGGUUGCCCAGAGGAAGGGAUACUCCCUCCAAGCGGAGACCCCUGCUCUCCACAUUCCCCGCAGGUCCUUUGUAAAACUUCUGAAGCCUCUGGUAUUCACAGUUGGGUUUACAGGCUGCUCCUUUGGUGCUGCGGCUAUCUGGCAAUACGAGUCUCUGAAGUCACGUGUGCAGAGCUACUUUGACGAGGUCCGAACGGAUUGGCUGGAAAAACUACGGCCGCAGAAACAGGGCGACAUCCGCAAACAGGUGAACCAGUGGUGGAACAGUCUGAGCGAGGGUCAACGGACAGUUACAGGGAUCAUUGGCUUGAAUGUCCUGGUGUUUUGCUGUUGGAGAAUCCCCUCCUUGCAGAGAGCUAUGAUCACAUACUUCACCUCCAACCCUGCGUCCAAGGCACUGUGCUUUCCCAUGAUCCUCUCCACCUUCAGCCACUACUCGCUGUUCCACAUGGCGGCCAACAUGUAUGUGCUGUGGAGCUUUUCUUCCAGCAUUGUGUCUUUGCUCGGCCCAGAGCAAUUCAUGGCUGUCUACCUGUCUGCAGGUGUUAUCUCCACGUUCGUCAGCUAUUUGGCUAAGACAGCCACAGGACGCCUGGGUCCUUCACUUGGGGCGUCAGGUGCCAUAAUGACAGUCCUGGCCGCAGUCUGUACUAAGAUGCCUGAGGCCAAGCUGGCCAUCAUCUUCCUGCCCAUGUUCACCUUCACCGCAGGCAGCGCCUUGAAAGCCAUUGUUGCCAUGGAUACAGCAGGCCUUUUUCUGGGAUGGAAGUUUUUCGAUCACGCUGCCCACCUGGGCGGGGCCCUGUUUGGAAUUUGGUACGUUUCAUAUGGCCACGAGCUAAUCUGGAAGAACCGCGAGCCGCUCGUGAAGUUCUGGCACGACCUGCGGACCAAGGGCCCGGGCGGGGGCGGGGGCGGGACCGGCUCCUUCUAGGCUGAUUUUGGGGGAGGGAGCUAGGGACGCCAUUGGUCUCCCAUGCGGAGACGGACAUGUGACAGAUGAAACGCGCCUGUUGCCUGGACUGCAGGAGGAGAGGAUUCUGGGAAUGGGCUCCUCUCCCAGGCCCUUGUAUAAACUGUUUUAUCCCUCUGUGUAAAUCAUGCAGCUGUUUUUCAUUAAAAUAAUCUCUGAGAGACUUUUCACCCAGCAGAGAGGGUUCUGCUUGUUUCUCUGCUGGGGGCACUAGAUGUCACUUUGUGAUAAUUUAUUCAGAUAUUGUAAUGUAUAUUUACUGCUGCUCAGUGCAGCACACAGUCUUGUUCGAAAAUGCAGACAAAUUAAAGGUAAAAGUUAUUGCAAUCAGAGUGACAUAAAAAAAAAUCACUUUUUUGUAGAGAACAGGAAUGAUGCAUCUCAAGAUUUUACGCUGUUGAAAAAUAUUAAGUUAGUAGGCAGAGAUAAUGGUUACGACCAAAGUCCCAAGAGCUGUCCCCAAAGACUAGCACAGUUACGGUGUCAUAGUUGUCUUGAUUCUGUUCUGGCAUCCAUCUUUGUUGUGACCACCACCAUGUCUCGCUGUAUAGGCAGCUAUGAGCAGUGCAUGAGCACUGGGUGUGUUAAGAGUUAAUUCAGGGACUGCUGGUUGGCUCAUCCUGUUAAGAACCUGUUGUAGUGCAUGGUAGCUCCCAAUGGUUUGGCAUUGAAUCUGGAUUGUGCCGGUGCCAACUGUGGCUGGCAGCUCUAAUGUUACCCAGAGAUGGGAGCAGUUCAGUCAUCUAGGAAGACGCCAUCUUGUUAUGCAGCAGGGGCCCCCACUCGUAAAUGUGGCGCCUGCUGCAUAUGAAGCGUCUUCCUUCCGACUCGUGUCUGUGCGAGCAGGGCUUGCAAACCGCGUUGUGAUGAGAAUCAGCGCUGACAUCACGUGCUUCGGAGCAGGGCACAUGCUUGUUCGCGCUCUUCAGUGCGUUGCAGCAUGAGUAGGAUUGGGCAUUCAAAACUGUGGAAGAAGACAAAUUAAAAGUUUAUUGAAUGA